AUGUUCCGGGUCUCCGCGGAGGGCUGCCUGACGGUUCGGAAUUUCCUCCUGCUGAACCCGCGGCGGAUCGACGAGGUCGGCGCCGCGGAUCCCGCCGCCGGCGCGGCGAUUCAGGCGGCAGGGGCCUCCGGGACGAGGGGGACGCCGCACCACCUGCCCGCUUCGUCACUUACCCCGUCGGAGGGGUCGUGGCAUUCAUGCAUGCCGCGCGCGUCCGUUGUGUGUGACGGACACCUAAUUAAGCAUGUCCCCUAUUCGCCUAUACAGGUGAAGAAUACCCCCCAUGCAGCGAAUUCAGGCUAUUAUCAUCGACCCCCCGGUGGGGAGAUCCUGAAGCAACCGCUAUUGCGUACGACCCGCAGUGCCUACACUCUCGCGGAUAGUGUGAACAACAGUUUUUGCCAUCCGAUUAGUAUGGGCCCCUCGCUGUUGGCUGCGCGUGGUGGGCAGCCCCAUACUGCACACCUCCACCAUACCAAUAGCACCACCACCCACCCUGCGACCUCCUUUACACUUUUUUCCGCGAGUAUGGACACCCUCUACAGCCCGAUCACCUACACGUUUGAUGAUGCCCGCUUCCCCAGCGCCAACCCCACUCAUGAAGGGGGCACCAGCACGCGGAAGCUUCGGAAUCAACGUCGCUUGCUGCGUGCCGUGCGCGAGGAGGACAUCAGUUCCUCAUCCAUACUCGUCCCCCAUCACCCUCUUGCGGGCCACAGGCCCGUGAUUAGCCAUGGUUUGAACUCCCCAUGGUUGAAGGGCGCGGGAAGUGGCCGCGUACCAACUUCGGCCACGAGCAUGACAAGGUAUCCCCACACGUCGGCCCACCCCAACAUUGGGUAUGGCAGCUACCAGAGCAGUGUGGUGGAGGGCCUCAUGCCACCGCACGCCUCUUCUACCCAUUACCGCUCCGUCGACGGGAAUGUGGAGGAGAACGGCGGCACCAGCCUUUUGCUGCCCUACAUCGAUGCCCUCCGCAGGCAGACGGACGCGUACGGGGGUGCCACCGCGCCGCUGCCGAAUGUCGUGCGAUACACGGACCUCGACGUGAAGAUGAAGAUUGGCGAGGGCGCCUCGGCCUCCGUGUACGUGGCGAUUCACCUGCCCACUGGGCGACGCCUGGCGGUGAAACGCAUCGACCUCUCCUUGCUAUGCCUUGACAUUCUCGUCGAACACGGCGAGGCGGCGAAUUAUCUGAAGUUCAGCUCCGGAUGCGGCCGGGUGCGGCAGCUCCAGCACAUCGUCACCCGCGAGCUGCAGGUGCUCCACCUGACCUACCGAAGCCCUUUCAUGGUGAAGGUCUACAACGCGUUCUACCUACACGAGAGCGCGACGCUGGAUAUCGUGAUGGAGUUCAUGCACUACGGCAGCCUGAACCGCGUCGCGAAGUGCCUGCAGGAGUACUCGCGGUCGGAGUUGGAGCGACAGCAGUACCGACGCCGCCUCCUCACCCCGACCGAAUCCGCAGCGAACCUCUCCCAGAUGAACGCCGACGCGAGCGACCGGGUCGCGUCGGAUGGGGGGAGGCUCGUCGAGGGCCCGGAGGGGCCCCUUUUCCGCCCCGCCACGCGGCCCUUCGGCCCCGGGAAGGUCGAAACCCCGGUCCCGCUGCUGGAGGAGAGUCGAUCCCGCGCGCGCUCCGGGGUGGCGUGGUCGGCCGCCCACUCCCCCGCGCCGACGAACGGCAGCAUGGACUUCCCGUACUACGAUGACGCGAUGCACUCGUCGACGGCGGGCUCGCCGUGCGGCGGGGGCGGCGGGCGGCGUUUUAAACCCGCGCGGGAGCCCUGGGAUGACGAGUCGGUGCGCAGCAACGCCGGCACCGAGGACGAGGCCGCGCCGUUGGAUACGGACGGGAGCGGCUGCAUCGAGGAGGCCUUCGGGAUCGCGGAGCGCGUCGUCGCCGUCUUCGGCGAGCAGCUGUUGCGAGGCGUGCGGGAUAUGCACGAGCGGGGUUACAUUCAUCGCGAUAUCAAACUCGGUAACGUCUUGGUGAACGAGCAUGGCGUCGUGAAGCUGAGCGACUUCGGGCUCUCGCAGCGCUGCGAUAGCACCGGGAUGGGCAUCGCGAACCGCCACCACUGGAGUCAACCACGACGGGCGCGAAAAGCGGCGCCGUCGGCCGCGCCCCCCACCCCCGCGGCGGGCCGCUCCUUCUCCGGCAGUCAAGAGCUUAGGCGACGCUCGAGCUUGUCAAGCAUCGGUUCCGACCUCAGCAUGGACGCGGGCGAGGGAAAGGGGGAGGGCGACUGCAGUGAAAACGAUGGGAUGGAUAUGCUGGAUGCCUCCUCCACCGCCUCCUCCGAUUCCAAUGGAGGAGGCGGCGCGCACGGCGAGGACGAGGGGGGGGAGGAGCGCCACCGCAGAGGGGAGCACAGUACGUCGUAUUUCCCCCGCGGCAACAACGACGACGACGAGGAGGAAGAGGGUGAUAUUCUUUGUUCCGGUACGACGCUUUACAUGAGUCCGGAGCGUCAGCGCGGUGAGCCGCAUGGGAAGCCAUGCGAUAUCUGGGCGGUCGGGGUUACACUGGCGGAGUUCGCCGUUGGGGAGUACCCAUACGACUUAGAGGGCUGCGUCGACGAUUUCGACCGGAUGCAACGUAUGGGGCGCCCCAUCGACUUCACGAGGUUCAACCUUCGCCGAAAGAUACCACUCAGCCCUGUCUUUCAGGACUUUAUAAGGCUGGCGACCCUGCCUGUAGCGUCGCAGCGGCCAACCGCGGGGGAGCUGCUGGAGCAUCCCUUCUUCCGGCAGUGGAGCCGACCUUUCUAUCUCAAGGAAUACCUCCGUAGUCGUAUUCCGAUGCCAUCUAACAAGUUUAAGGAAGAGUACUUGGCCGCGAAACGAGCCGCCGCCGCUGUGAACACCACUAACAACCCUGACAACGCUGGAGUCUCUCCAACCGAGUUUCGGGGAUGA